AUUAUGACAUUUCUCCAAAUUUUAGUACUUCCGACAAUUGGACUGUCAAAUUCCUUCUUUUUGUUGUUUUUACGUGAUUAGUUCGGUUAAACAACAGCGUACGCAGCCAUGAAACAAAACAAAUUCGUUUCAUCUUCUCGCAGGAAGAAUCGUAAGCGUCACUUCCAGGCCCCAUCACAUAUACGCCGUCGCCUAAUGUCCUCCCCACUUUCAAAGGAGUUGCGUCAAAAGUACAACGUCCGCUCGAUGCCCAUUCGUAAGGAUGAUGAGGUUCAAGUAGUGCGUGGACACUUCAAGGGUAAUCAAGUAGGCAAAGUGGUACAAUCGUAUCGUAAAAAAUUUGUUGUCUACGUUGAAAAAAUUCAACGUGAAAACGCAAACGGCACCAACGUUUAUGUUGGCAUUCAUCCUUCGAAUUGUUUGAUCGUCAAGUUAAAAUUGGACAAAGAUCGCAAAGCAAUAUUGGAUCGCCGUGGCAAGGGACGUAUGGCUGCAUUGGGCAAGGACAAGGGUAAAUACACUGAGGAAACCGCUGCGCAACCAAUGGAAACCGCAUAGAUUGCAGUAAAAGUUUUAUAAAUAACAAACCUUAGAAUAAAACCUUUCCUUUUAAAAUUGAGAUAAU